AUUCGACACAUCAUGCAUCCACCCGCUCCAGCCUCACGUCUACGGUAGAGCUUAAACGCGCGACCGGCUUGGUCUUCCUGUCCCGAUGUGGCGAUGGCAGUCGACCCUCUCUCCCCGAUUGCGCCUGCGCGCAUUCGGGCACUUCUUCUCCCAACCGGCCGCAUCAAGCGCUCGCGAUUCCUAGCCUUCGUUGAUCUCUUACAGCCGCAUUGCACGGUUCGUCUUGGAGAUGUCAGCCCGGAUCCUCGGCCAGACAGGAAUAUGUUCUCUCCCCUAGCAUUUCCUAGUGGCACCCUCCUAUAUGACCUAUCAACAUCUUUACCACCACCCUCCCAUCUGUCGCUGUCCCCUUUCGAGCAGUUUCGGGAACCGCUCCUGGUCAUCGGCAUAGGAGAUGCCGCCGAGUAUUCAUGGCUUGGUCAGUCACGUGCCGAGGAAGGCUCCCUGACUGAAACGGCCGGAAAAGCUAGCCCAACAGAAGAGAAUGCAGAAGACAUACAGUCGGCUAUAGAGGACUUGCGCGAGCAGUUUCCUCGAGCUUAUCUUCAUAGCUUCAUGAUGUUUGACUCUGCCUCCCAGGUUCGGCAUCCUCGACUGCCUCAAGAGACGCUGCUGGUGCCGCCACAGGCGCAGCUUAAGACAACGACAAUGAAGACAUUCAUGUGUGAUCUUACGUCAACUCUCCUGGCGGAAAUGACCACACUGGCGAAAUCUAUCCAGGCUUUGCCUACAGUCCCUUCGCCCUCAUCCCAAAACGGUACAGGUAACGCGCCAAAUUGGGCUAGCGCAGAUUCGUUGGGACCGCAGUUCUCGCGCCGCAAUUCCCAAGUUCCCACAGCCAGUAGACCGGACUCCCCCGUCUCGAACGCCCAGAAAGAUCUCCACCGUAUGUCCAUGCCGGUGCUACCCUCCGCUUCGGGAGGGCCAUUAGUAUCCGACGAACCUAGGGCAUCGUCACCCACAACACAAGGUGCCCGCACUCCUCCGACUACAUUCGACGAGAUAUCUGGGAUCAAUGCCGCAAAUACUUUGCAUCGAACGAAUAGCACGUCAUCGAAACCUAACGGAUCAGGGAGAGAUCCAAGUGCUGAUCGAGUUUCCAUUCAUGGAUUUGGGUCUGGCGGCGUUGGUGAACGUGCGCGCAACAAAGGUCAGGGGCGCAUAAGCAUCGUCAUCGGAACAUUGUAUCUAUCCGCCGGCCAAUGGAACGAGGCACUAAGGGAGCUCACAGAAGGCGCGACGCGGGCUAGAGCAUUCAGUGAUCACCUAUGGCACGCGAAGGCUUUGGAGAACAUCAUGGUGUGCUUGCUCCUCUUUGCGUGGUCGGGUAUGGACUUCCAGAUCCCGCGUAUAUGCUAUCCAAUAUCGGACAAGUCGUCUGGGACCAAAUCUCCUCAACAUACACCAUCGAACAGUGUCGCCGAUGUCACCGCUCCGACCCCUCCCAAAGCCGCCAGUCACGAGGUCGCUCUUGAGACCCUGAACUCUCUUCUUCCCGACCUGGUAAACAUAAUUUUGAAUGUUUACACCCGUGCAUCGAAUUUCUCUGGCGAGGCACUGCCUCCACUAGCAUUCUCAGAAUGUGUCAUACGGUUUUCCAAGUUGCUGGCUGCUAUGAAUCUUUCUGCUGGCUUCUUAGACGAGGAUGCUUUGCAGCACCUCGUCCAAAAUACUCCGUUUCGACAAAAGCCGAGAUUAUCGGUCCCGAGACUCAGCGUCAAUCCAACCAGGAACGAUAUCGCCACCAUGCUCUUUCGAGCUUUACCCGGAUCGCCGGAUGCCUCUGGCAUGAGCCCUACGGACCGUGUUGUUGUGCUUGCAGGCGUGGCGUCUGUGUUAUCGACCUUAGAAUUGCAGAGAAAGAAAGCCAUCGUAAUGAAAGAGUUUAUUACUUCGCUCAUUCCAGGACUGGUCCAGGCACGCAAAGUGGGCGCGGCAGAAAUGGGAGUUCAUCCGGCUGCAGGUCUCGCGGCUCUGAACAUGGCAAGCGGCAGCACUUCGGGUGCCGGCGCCUUAAACCUCGGAGAAGGGGAGGCUGAAGACGGCAUCGACGAGUUUCUGGUACUCAUUGGUCGUAUUUACGGGAUACCCGACUCAAGAGGGACCUUCCUAGGCUCGCGCUUGUUAGCUUCAACGAAUGGCGAAGACGCUCCUGCGGCUCCCAAUCCAAGCCAGGCUGUAGUCGAAGACAUCCUCCGGAUCGCAUCUCUCAGGUCAUUUGGCAGCCUGAGUCUCAAACUAGAUGUACUACGAAUGUGCAUCAGCUUCUGCGAGGCCUUACCGGAUUUCAACGGCGUGCUUCACUUUACCGCUUUGCUGUUGCGGGUGGCUGGACCUGGUACAGCGCCAAAGCCGAACAGUACCGACGUAUUCGUGUCUCUUCCACGUGAAGAACAGGUCCGAUUGUUUGCGAACAUUUCCCGGACGGUUGCUGCGGCCCACAAGCUCGGUCUCCAACAAGUAGAAACUGAGUAUUGGGAUGAUUUCUUAGUCCGCGGGCUCUUCAUAAUGGAGGAACCGGCUCCCUUACGUCUAACCCAUCAUCGUCCAGCUGAACUGAAGUCGACGUCAACCAAAGACGGGCCCUUCAUCCACAACCCAUGGAACAAGCAGUCCCAAUCUGGUGCAGUGGAAACCAUACUGGUUGCUAAUGAGGAGUAUCGAUUUGUCAUAGCUCUCCAAAAUCCGUAUGACUUCGAACUGGAGGUCGACUCUCUUCGGAUAGCAGCAGAAGGGAUCGAAUUCGUGGCGCAUGAAGAGUUAUUCAUUCUCGGGCCUUACAGGACGCAGAAGUUCCCUAUCACAGGAAUUGCACGUUCGGCGGGGACUCUGAAUAUUAUUGGCUGCUAUAUUAAGGUAACGGGCUGCAAGGAGCGACUAUUCCCUAUCUUCCCGGACCCCUGGAAGCAAGAACGGGAACUCAAGAUGAAAAGAAUCGGAUUAAAAGCAUGCCUUGGAGCACCUAUUUCGCGACCUACCUCAGCUGUUACAGCGGCGACCGACCUGAAAGCGGCUGCACCAAAUCCCGAAACCCUGACGUUUAGUGUGAUACCAGACCAGCCAGUGAUCGUCGUCACAGGCGUGUCCCUACCGCAGGCAGCGCUUAUGGUUCUCGAAGGAGAACGGAAACGAUUCAUGAUUACUGUGAAGAACGCGUCACAGAUCACAGCCGUCGAUUUCAUUCAUAUCUCCUUCCUGGAUUCUGCGACGGCGGCCUUACAGGCUUCUACAUCAAAUCGAGAUCUUUCGGCUGCUGAUCUCCACGAGCUUGAAGUUCAACUCGCACACUUCCCUUCCCUUCGAUGGUGCAGGCAACAGGAAGAAGCUUCCAUUCGGAUACCGCCCGGCGAAGUGGCAAGCUUCGAAAUCGAAGUCAUCGGUCGCACUCGUCUCACAGACGCCGUCAUCCAGAUAGACUACGCCAAUCUCGGAAAGAGGCGAUCAGAAAUAACAGAUCGAUUCUUCACUCGGCAGGUUUCUGUCCCUAUAUCCAUCACAGUUAACGCAAGCGUUCAACUACAAAGACCCGACAUAGUACCCUUGUCAGGGGACCUCACCUGGUCAAAUCAGCAGAACCGCACCAAGGCUGCCCCCAUCUUCGACCCUACAUCCCUUAUAUCCUCCGUUUUACUCGGAAAGGAUGAUACUCACUUCAACACAUUUCUACAGCAUACGCAAAUCCAUGGACAUGGGAACGAGUACUGCAUGCUCCUCCUGGAUCUCCGGAACUCUUGGCCUAACCCUCUCUCAAUCUCACUCCAGAUUCGAACGCUUCCCGUCGACGACGAGAACCCGCAAGUCUCAUGGAGCAAAGCGUACACUGUGAACGAAAUCAUUCAACCAGGCCACAUCAACCGCGUUGUCAUAAUCUUGCCGAAGAUCUACCUCGAAGAUCCCUACGCUCCGGUUCCCUCCCUCAAUCCCGCAAACCAGCGUCAGUUCGUCGUCAGCUCUAGUAAGAUAUCCCCUGAGGCCGAGCGUGCGAGCCGAGAAGCGUUCUGGUACCGCCACGAACUUCUAAAGCUCAUUCGUGGAACGUGGCACGAAGGGGGAAACGGCCGGCACGGUGAUCUCGAGCUUCGCACCAUUCGCUUCUCUCCCCGGAUGGUUGAAGCAAUUAAAUCGGAAGAUCUCAUGAUCGAGAAUGACAUCAUCCUCGACGAACCAGGGCAAGAGGGCCGGGUCAUCGUGCGACAGCUCGGUCGUACCAAAUUCAACGUGCCCGUUGACGAGUUUCUCACACUCAAAACUCGCAUAUACAACCGAAGUCCUAAUCCCAUUUCCCCACUUCUCAGACUCCAGCCGCAUCUCGCUGGUCUCUCACACAACAUCGCGCUCGAUUUGGACAAGCGUUUCUCAUGGAACGGGGUUUUACAACGGGAACUGCCUGUCAUCCACCCAGGUCAAGCUGUGGAGUCCGAGCUUGGAAUAGUUGCGCUCUCCAGCGGCGUCCUCGAAGUAGGCGCAACGGUAGAUGAAAUUGAGCUGCCAAAACCGGAGAUCGAGCAAGGAAACAGGGUCAGGAGCGGCACACAGACUUUGCUGCAAGCCGAGAUUCUGGGAGAGCCUCAAUUGCGCUCAUGGCAUUCGAAAGAGCCGUGCACAAUUGUGGCGAGAAGGAGAGAGGACGGAUGAAGGAGGUGAGACUUUUGAUUUGAGAGAUACCUAAGAAAUUGAAUGGAUUGGUCUGUAUCUAUCUAUCUUCCACGCGACUCACCCUAAGACAAACCCGGCUGUCCUCUAGCCGUCAAACGGAACAACAAGUGAAGGUAAGAAGAAUCGCUAGCUGAUCUCUUACGAUUUGCAGGUACUUGGUUCUCUCCUUAAUCCACCUCUCUACAUAAUUCAAUCUGCGCUCGUAUAUCCGGCAGGACUUUGUGCUAUCAGAAACAGCAAUACCUAGCCAAAAGUUCUUGAGAUACCAAAGGCCAGGCUCGCAGGGAAAAGCGUAAAAUAUUGAAGUACUUCACAGAACAUCUCACCACGUUGCACACACAGUGCCAUUCCUUCUGGGCACAUGGCGAAAC